AUGCUAUCCACCACUGCAAAUAGUAAAGUGAAAAACCUGAAGGGAGCGGAGAAUUCCGACAUCUCGGAGAGGGACGAAACAGGACAUGAAAACACAACGAAUGAUAAGGUCAGAGGUUAUGUUGCCUCUUAUGAUGCAUCUUCAUCGUUCGGAGGGCCUUCUAGAGAUGGCCGGUUCCGUUCCCGGGGGCGGGUAUCGGAGUUUCGUCACUCUCGUGGCGGCGGGAGAGGUGGCCGGGCUCGCGGUGGUUUCCCGCCCCGCGGAGAUCGUGAUCCCCUUGACAAUUCCAGUAAAUACAACGAAUCGCUAAGUCAUGCCAACAAUGAGACUUGGUUCCAGGAAAACGUCGGUAAUAAUAAGUUUUAUGAGAGAUCUGAUCUUGUCGUGAAUUUGCCUGAGGAUCCUCGGAUAUCAAAACUUUUGCGUCGUCUUUGUGCUGAGGUUGACAUUGAGAAGUCACUCGUAAUAUGCAGUAAGCUUCAAGAUGCUGUAAUGCUGCCUGAAAAUGCACGAUAUAUUCGAAGAGCUUAUGACAUUCUCGUUGAAUCCUUAUUGGAUGUGUUAUAUGAUGGCCCCGGACCAGAAACUAAGGAAGGAGCAGCUGUGGUGCUUGGCAGAAUAGGCUAUGUAAUGGGUCCAGACUUUAGAAAGCAUUUAGACUGGUUUACAGCUACAUAUUCAGUUCACAACACAUCUAUAAAACACUUGUUGACUCUAUCUUUUUCAGAGACGUUACAAUUAGAUUUUCAGACACCUAAUUUAUCUGACUUUGCUGAGAUGACUUUGGAGAGAAUGCAGAACGUUAUUGAAGGCACAGAUUCUGCUGAUGUUUUUAUAGCUGCAAUCAAUGCGAUGAUAAUAAUGUCAAACUCUUACCCUGAACACUUUGCAACCCAUUUUGUAGAUACUGUUGAUAUACUAGUCGGCUGGCAUGUGGACAGUGCUCAACCCAAGAAAAUAAAAGAUUUUGCCCUGCAAUCAUUGCUUAAGCUGAGUUGUCACUGGCAAGCAGAUGUUGGGUUUUCAGUGAAUUUGCUUUAUCAGUUUGUUGAAGAUAUGGUUGCUUAUUCUGCAGAUUUGGACAUGAAGAGUGAUAAAGACUCUGAACAAUGUUCAUUGCAAGAUUCUAUGCAGAAGAUUACAUCAUUUCUAAAUGUAUUUAAAACUGUAGUAAAGAGCCUUGGAUCAAUGCUAAAUCCUUCAGUAACACAAAGUGUCUCCUGGUCCUUUUUGACAGAUGCUUUGACUAAAAUUAUACAAGUUAUGACUAAAACUUUGAAAGAAGAUGUAGACAUUGAUUUGAUAUUAUCAGGUAAUGAAGCUAUUACUUUAUUGAUGAAACAUUUGCAAUCUAAAUCUACAUCUAGUUCCCAGGCCUUAUUUGGCUUGAUCUUAAUGGAAAUGGAAAAUUAUUUGGUGACAGAUGACAGUGUGUGCCUCAGUACCAUUAAUCUAAUAUCAACAACAAUAAAAGAGAUAGCGUCCAAUCUUCCAAUAGAGUUCAUCAAUCAAACUAUUGGACCUGACUCCUUGUUGAGAUCACUGCGUUAUUCAGAAAACUCCCAAAUCCUUAAUGCCAUUCUAUUAUUAUACAUUAACCUAUUAAAUUUGAAAAAUAUUCCACUUCUACAAGAAAGUUACAAGUAUGUUUUGACAGAUAUACAAAAUGCUUACUGUAAAAUUAUACCAGAUGUGCUAGUAAUUAAUCCUGAAUAUACGGAAGAAAUGACUAUUGAUGAUGCUGAAAAAAAUAUUAUAUUUUAUUUACAAUGUUUGUCAGAACUUGCUAAUGCUAGCAACUCUAUAAUUGGCAUGUGGGCAUUGCAGCCCAGCAUAUUAGAACUGCUUGCCAUUAAAAUGUGCCCCCAAGACAUGAAUUUGAUGAAAAGGAAACCAGCCCUACAAUAUUCUGUGCUGUAUCUGUUAUAUUCACAUUGCAAGAAAAAUAACCACUUUAUUGCUUCCAGUGAUUUAGUGAACAAUCCUCAACAGCGAGCUACUGAUAUAUUUAAUUUGUCUAAUAUCAAUUUAGGCGAAGUUUCAAGUUCAAGCCCUACUUCAGGCCAUCUUGCUGUCAUUCUGAAUACCUUGAGCAUGAUAUUAGAUGAAGAGGUACCUAAAGAAACUUUAUUGCUUAUACUGAACUGGAUAUCAGAUAUAUUUCAUCAACUGGACAAUUAUUUAUCUAUAGUAAGAACUCGGUGGAUCACUGAAUUUAUGAUGUUUCUGGAGAAAUACAUAUAUAAUGCAGCAGAAGGUACUGCCACUGUAUUGCCAGCUGUAGCAAAACCAGUCAGGACUUUCUUUCAUACAAACUGGUCUACAUGCCGUGAAUGGCUUACUAGAGUGCGUCCAGCAGCUUUGGCUGUAAGCAUAUAUGCUGGCAAUAUUGGGGCUGCUAUUUAUCACGCAUGUCUGAUAUUACAAACUGCAGCAAAUUCAAACACAAAUAUUGACAUUGAAGCAAUUGCAAUCAGUGCAGCAAAAGUUCUAAUAAAGAUAGGGGAACCUGAAGUAUUACAUGGUCUAUAUGUGUGGAUAAAACAAACUUUCAAUAAAAGGCUGCCUUGGUUGAAAGGAGCUGCUGAACAUGCUAAUUCUAGACAUGAGUUAGCUAUUGACUAUUAUAAAAAGUUGCAAGGUACACAAGAACAAGAAGAUAGCAACGAAUCAUUAAAUCAAAAUGAUACAAGGGCAAACAAAUUCAUUGAACAACAGUUAAUGGAAAGCUAUAAACAAAUACAGAGCUGGGAAGAUCUACUGGAGUGGAGAGAUAAUGAAAAACAGCAAAACUUAUUUAGCCCAUCUUAUUCGACAUUAAAAAUGUUUGAAGAUGGUAUUGAUAUGCCUGAGGAACUAUGCAACUGGGAUGUGUUAAAUAUUGAUGCCAAUGAAAUAUCAAAAAAUACAUGUUCUUAUCAAGGAAUGUUAAAUAAAAUAGAAUCAACAUUGUUGUCUACUGCACUGAAUAUGUAUUACUCUGAUUAUACAGAUAAAUAUGAAAAGCAGUUGAAAGUCUGUAAAACUUUGCUGAAUUCCAGCACUGAAGAAUUUGCUAGAACAAAUUCUGUGCAUUUUCUUAAAGAAGUUGCUGUUUUGCAAUUAGCAAAUCAUGGUUUGAUUGAAGCUAUAAAGAAUGGCAAAAAUGGAUCUAAUCCUUUUAAACCUUCCUCUGUCAAAGACCUUAAAUAUGGAACAGAGUUUAAAAAUUUGAGUCGCAUUUUAUGGUGGAGCCAAUACUUUUCAAAAUUAAAUUUGACUGAAGAAAAUCUAUUUUAUACAGAAUGUCUCAGACUAGAUGUGAUUAAAAGUGCUAGAAAAAACCUCAAUAUUAAAAUGGCUAAAAGAGAACUUUUGAAACAUUUUAAAAAUAAUUCUGCAUUUCAAAUGUGCUUAGGAAAUGUCAACAAUUUAGAUGAUUUCAGUGAUGUCCUACUUAUUUCUACAAAUUCUUAUGAUUUCGACAUAUGGACUCUAAACAAUGCUACUGCUCUUGUAGAACUUUGUAAAUUGACUUAUGUAAAAGAAGAAACCAAGUUAAGGGCCAUAAAUUUAUGUGCUAGCAUAUCUCUUGGAUUUUCCCAAAGAUUAGCAAUGGAUGAGCCUAGUUAUGAACUGAGAGAAAAAGGCACAAGAAUGUUACUUACACUAUCCAAAUGGGUACAAAGUGAAAAUGAAAAUGUACUUGAUCCAGAUACGCCACUAAUGAAACUUAUAUCUGCUCUACCUGAAAUUGGCCUUGUCGAUAAUAACAUAUCGGAAAAUGUUAUUCCUUUAUCUGAUUCUGCUGUUGGGAAAUUAUUACAAUUUGGAGUAAACCAGUGUCCCGGUCUUGCCAAAGCUUGGGCCAAUUUUGCGGCUUGGUGUUUUAGAUGGGGUCGUAAAAUGGUUGAAUUCAGUGCGAAAACACGUGAACAACUAACGGAAAAGGAUAAAUUGCAGAUUGAAAGUGUAAUGAUAGGAUGUUCACCCCAAGAUUUUGAAGCCGUUUGUGAAAUAUUGUCCAAAACAAAAGCUACUUGUGAUGAUGAAGAUAUCGAUUGGAACGAAAUAAAUACAUCAGAAAUGAUAGAAAGUCAAUUACGCACUGUGCCUUCGUUGAGCAAUGCUUUCCCAGAACAUCUUGCACUUUUGGUAGAUAUUUGGCGCCAAGCUCAGAAAAGGGUCUUUUCCUAUUUUGAACUAUCGGCUGAUGCAUAUUUCAAAUUCCUUCAACUUAUUUGCGCUUCAGAUUAUAUAAAUCAUAGUGGCGAAAACGCUGUAGUUAAUGCGACAUUACGACUACUUCGUCUAAUUGUAAAACACGCAAUGGAGUUACAAACUGUUCUUGAAUCUGGUCUUGCAAAUACUCCUACUCAGCCGUGGAAAGUUAUUAUACCACAGCUUUUUUCAAGGCUGAAUCAUCCUGAAACUUAUGUACGGAAGUGUGUUUCUGAUUUAUUGUGUAGGCUCGCUGAAGAUACGCCACACCUUAUAACAUUUCCAGCUGUUGUUGGUGCAGUAGAAAAUGAGCAAAAUGAAUUGACAGAGCUUAAAAUUACGAAACUUAAUUUGUCUAACGAUGCAGAAAGUGGGGACGAAAAUUUAGAUUUUGAUGACGCAUCCAGUGAUAAAGUUGUCAAUAACGAGUUGAAUUCUUGUUUUCUCGAUAUGGUAGAAACACUAUCAAAACAAGCACCAACUACCAUACUUCAAGUAAAAUUGUUAGUUAAAGAAUUACAGAGAAUUAAUCUUCUCUGGGAUGAACUAUGUCUUGGUACUUUAGUACAGCAUCACUCUGAUUUUAGUAAACGGUUAUCUCAGUUAGAAACAGAAGUAGCUAAAGUACAAAAUAAUGUUAACUUGAAUGCUGAAGAGAAGGAAAAAUUAAUUGCUGAGAAACAUCGUAUCAUAUUUGAGCCCAUAGUCUACGUUCUCGAACAAUUAGAUAACAUUACAUCGGCAAAACCAGAGACUCCACAUGAAACUUCAUUUCAAAAUAAGUUUAAAUCUCUUAUAAAAGAUGUGAUCGACAAGUUGAAAAACCCGGGUAAUCCCGAAAAGCCUCAAGAGUCCUGGGCUCCUCUGAAACAGUUACAAAUUAAACUGCAGCAAAAAGUUCAUAAAAGAACUUCUUAUAUCUUGAAAAUGUCUGAUAUUAGCCCCGUACUGGCUGAGAUGAAAAAUACAGUCAUAACAAUGCCUGGAUUGCACACCAAUCAGAGAGCGGUCAGAGUCACCAUAAAAUCAAUCGAGAACAAUGUAGCGAUAUUACCCACGAAAACCAGACCAAAAAAAUUAGUUUUCUACGGAUCGGACGGCAAAACGUAUACAUAUUUAUUCAAGGGUUUAGAAGAUUUGCAUUUAGACGAGAGAAUAAUGCAGCUUCUUUCUAUAACUAACACUAUGUUGGCGCGUGAUUCUGAAAAUAACGAUAAUCAAACGUAUAGAGCACGUCAUUAUUCCGUUAUUCCGCUCGGGCCUAGGUCUGGCCUUAUCAGUUGGGUGGACAAUGUCACACCGCUGUUUGCUUUAUACAAGCGCUGGCAGAAUCGCGAGGCUGCUAUAAUGUCCGCGAAGACCAAUAAAACAGUGAACGUCCUGCGUCCCUCUGAGUUGUUUUAUAAUAAACUGAAUCCCUUGCUGAAAGAGGCGGGGAUAUCGACAGAGAAUAGGAAGGAAUGGCCAGUAGCAAUACUGAAGCAGGUGUUGCAAGAGCUGUCAGCGGAGACUCCGCGCGACUUGCUGUGGCGAGAAUUGUGGUGUAGUAGUGUGACGCCCGAGCAGUGGUGGCAAAUGACGCGUCGGUACAGUUACUCGGUGGCAGUGAUGAGUGCCAUCGGAUACAUUAUCGGGCUGGGCGACAGGCACUUGGACAAUGUUUUGGUGGACUUGACGUCAGGUGAAGUGGUGCACAUAGACUAUAACGUGUGCUUCGAGAAGGGGAAGACGCUGCGAGUUCCUGAGAAGGUGCCCUUCCGGAUGACCCCCAACUUGGUGGCGCCGCUGAACCAUAUCAGUACAUAA